GAAAAAGAAAUAGGGAUUAGAAAGAAAACAAAGAGAUAGAACUGUAGAGAGAGAAAGAGGAGAGAGAGAGAGAGAGGGAGAGGGAGGGAGGGAGAGAGAGAAUGGGGGAGGCAUCAGAAACGACGAUGACGAUAAUGAACAAUCAAGCCCCUCCUAAAAAGAAGAAGGGCCGACCUUCGCUUCUCGAUCUCCAGAAGCGCUUCCUCCAGCAGCAGCAAAACCCCCAUUUCCUCAACCCUAGCGCCGCCGCCGCCGCCCGCCCCGCCACUCGCCGCAGCGCCAACCCUAACGCUCCUCCUCCGCAGGACGAUGACGACGACGACGACGACGAGCGCGCCAAGAAGAAGCACAAGCUCCUCCUCGGAAUCAACCACCAACACCACAAUCGCAAACCGACAUUGUCGCCGUUCAAUUCCGGCCCCUACGGCUCCGAUUCCAAUGCCGACGACGACGAUCCGGACAAGAUCGGAUCCAAUCAUACGAGCCAAAGCGUGUUGAAAGCGACUGACAGUAGCAGUAUUCAUGGUAUCAAACUUGUGUUAUCAAGUCCCAAUUCAUUGCUCAAAAGUGGGACGCAGGUGGAGUUUGGUCCCACUACGCCUUUGCCAGACAAAAAGUUGUUGGUGUUCAUCCUUGAUAGGCUUCAAAAAAAGGACACUCGUGGAGUGUUUUCGGAGCCUGUGGAUCCAGAAGAGCUGCCUGAUUAUCAUGAAAUCAUUGAAAACCCGAUGGAUUUUGGAACUGUCAGGGAGAAACUGGAUCAGGGAGCCUAUGCCAACUUGGAACGGUUUGAGAAAGAUGUCUUCUUGAUAUCUUCAAAUGCAAUGCAGUAUAAUGCACCAGACACGAUUUAUUUCCGACAGGCACGGUCUAUCCAAGAACUUGCGAAAAAGGACUUUGAAAAUUUGAGGCAAGACAACACCGGUGAUGGUGGUGAGCCCAAACCAAAAGUUGCCAGGAGAGGCAGGCCACCUGGCAGCAAGACCAUGAAAAAGUCGAUUGACUUGGCUCCAGUUGAACGUCUUGGUCCUCAAUAUUUCUCAGAAACGACUCUUCCCCCUGGAGGAGAGACUUCGAGCUUGUCCAAUAGUUACAAUUUGAGAAAAGGACCCGCUUCAUACAAGUUUAGGACUGCUGAUGCAUUAAACAGAGCUCCACAUGGAUCUCUUGGUGGUGAUACUAAUGCUAACUGGUUGUCUGAAUUGGAGAAUGAAUUUCCGGCUUCAGUAUUGAGGAGCGUGCUAAGGUAUGGAAAGAAACAGUUUCCAGUAGACGAGAACAGACGUGAAACCUAUAGGCAGUCUCUGGCUUCAGAACAUGAACCAUCUGAACUUACUGGUCUCGAAGGGGAGUGGAACCAACUUAUGGCGGUAGGUGUAGCUGCGGAGGAGCAUGGUUAUGCAAGAAGUAUGGCUCGAUUUGCUGCAAAUCUUGGACCUGUUGCUUGGAAGAUUGCUUCUAAGCGGAUAGGAAGUGUUUUGCCUAUUGGAGUUGAGUUUGGUCCUGGAUGGGUAGGAGAAAAUGAGUCAUCAAGGUUGCAGCAGUUUUCAUUCCGUCAGGGAGAGGAUAAGGUUCAAUGCAACCCUGCAUCUGAUGACCAUAAAGACAGACUUCGAUGUCAAAGUACAUCAGGCCUAAAUUCUGUUGCAGAUAGAUAUUUGCUGCAAAACGGUGUUAACAUGGAAAACUGUAGAGAAUUCAAUUCCCAAAAUGGGUUGGCAUCACUUAACAGUGGUGUUAGUGGGAUACGACCUGUGCCUCCUUUCCAGAAUUCCAUGAUUCACUCUGGUAAUCCUGGUUUGAAUGGUAGGUUUUUGUCUAGUGUUUUACCUCAACCUGAGAAUGUUAAUAUGCCUGCCACAUUAACAGGGAUGUCAAGUUCGACCAACACUUCAGUACCUUCUCAUCAUCAAAUGGUCGGCAUGUUUUCAGAGAGGAAUAUGAACACACAGUCGAUGCCUAUAGGCGAUAUUGAUUCAAAUGAAGCCAGAUCAGAAAUUUCAAGUAGAUCAAGGAAUCCCUUAGCCCAAGCACAACCUCAAUUGGCGUAUGGUGGGGAAACUUCUUGGCAGGGUUUAUCGAUGAACAAUAAACAGGUUUCUUAUUCAUUACCCCCGGACCUGAAUGUUGAAUUCGGUGCACCAGGCUCUCCCAGUUCUCUUAUUCAAAUUGGCAUGCCACAGCAACCAGAUUUAGCUUUGCAACUUUGAUUACAUGGCACAUUGGUCUUCUUCUUUUUUCCUUCUAUUUUUCUUUUUAUAAAGUGAAAUUAUAGCGAAGGUGGACUCUGAAUGCCGCAAAAUCAUUACAAAUUUACAGUAGUUGAGAAAAGUUUUGUACAGUUAGUAAUUUUUUUGUUGAAAUGUAUUGUUUCAACAAUAAUCCACUGUGGGUGUACUGUCAACAUAUUAUUCAAUCGAUUAAAUGAAUGCAAUGAAUAGUUCGGUUGAUGAA